AUGGCUCGGAACUCUCCUGCCUUCUCCCACCCUCCCUAUUUCUUACUCGUUGGCAUCCCUGGGCUGGAGAAGGAGCAGUUCUGGAUUGCCUUCCCCUUCUGCAUCAUGUAUGCCAUUGCUGUGCAGGGGAACAUCACCCUUCUCAUUAUAGAGGCAGAGCCAAGCCUGCUCGAGCCCAUGUACCUCUUCCUGGCCAUGCUGGCCUGCACUGACCUGGUCCUAUCAACAUCCACACUGCCCAAAAUGUUUGGCAUCUUCUGGCUGGGCUCCAGGGAGAUUGGAUUUCUCUCCUGCCUUGCUCAGCUGUUCUUCAUCCAUACUUUCUCAUCAAUGGAGUUGGGCAUACUCAUGGCCAUGGCCUUGGAGCGCUACAUCGCUAUUUGCCACCUACCGCCGUACUCCAGCGUCCUCUCUGUGCCGGUGGUGGUGACCCUCAGGAGUCUGGUGCUGGUGCGGGGUCCCUUCUGCUUCCUCCUCUGCAGGACGCCCUUCUGCCAGCAUCACAUCAUCUCCCACCCUUACUGUGAGCACAUGGCAUGUGAGGGGGCAUGUGAGCUGGCAUGUGAGAGGACCAGAGUCAAUGUCAUUUACGGCCUCUUCGUGGCUUUCAUAGUGACAGGAUCUGACAUGGUCCUGAUCUCUGUGUCCUGCACCAUGAUCCUGCGGGUGGUAAUGAGGCUGUCAUCCACAGAGACA